UUGUACAAUAUUUGCUUAAAAACAACAACCACAACCGGCGGCAAAACACAAUGGACUCCAUAGGCAAUAGUAGCAUCGCCAUGUUCUUCAUCUUGAUCAUCAUCACUUUUUUCUUCAUCUCUACACAUGCAACCACCUUCCAAAUUCUUAAUGAAUGCCCUUACACAGUCUGGGCGGCAGCCGACCCUGGUGGGGGCCGCCGCCUCGAGCGCGGCCAAACAUGGACACUCAACAUGGCCGAGGGUGCGUCCACGGUCGGCCGCAUUUGGGGCCGGACCAAGUGCAACUUUGACAGCAGUGGCCGCGGCCACUGUGAGACCGGAGACUGCGGCGGCCUCCUCCAGUGCCAAGGCUGGGGCCAACCCCCAAACACAAUAGCAGAGUUCGCUUUAAAGCAAUUCAACAACCGUGAUUUCUUCGACAUCUCCCUACUCGAUGGUUUCAACAUUCCUAUGGUAUUUAACCCCACCACGGGAGGAUGCAGGGGCAUGAGUUGCCCCGCUGACAUCAACAGCCAGUGCCCGACCAAACUUCGGGCUCCCGGCGGGUGUAAUAACCCUUGCACUGUGUUCCAAACCAAUGAGUAUUGCUGUUACGAAGGGUUUGGAACAUGUGGUCCCACUGAGUUCUCGAGGUUUUUUAAGAAAAUGUGUCCUGAUGCUUAUAAUUUCCCUCCAGAUGAUUCCACUUCUACUUUUAGUUGCCCUAAUGGGACCAACUAUAGGGUUGUGUUUUCCACCUUCGAAAUCCGCAACGAAUGCCCAUACACCGUCUGGGCUGCCGCCAGCCCCGGCGGUGGCCGCCGACUCGACCGCGGCCAAACAUGGACGCUCAACGUUGCCGCGGGCACGGCCAUGGCCCGCAUUUGGGGUCGGACGAACUGUAACUUCGAUGGCAGUGGGCGCGGCCGCUGCCAGACUGGAGACUGCGGUGGCCUCCUUCAGUGCCAAGGUUGGGGCCAACCUCCAAACACACUAGCGGAGUACGCCUUAAAUCAAUUCAACAACCUUGACUUCAUUGACAUCUCCCUAGUCGAUGGUUUCAACAUCCCCAUGGACUUUAGUCCCACUACGGGAAGGUGUAGGGGAAUAAGGUGCACCGCUGACAUCAAUGGUCAGUGCCCAGCCCAACUCAGGGCUCCCGGGGGUUGUAACAAUCCAUGUACUGUGUUCAAGACCAAUGAGUAUUGCUGUACCAAUGGGCAAGGAAGCUGUGGGCCCACCCCGUUCUCAAUAUUUUUCAAGGAGAGGUGUCCUGAUGCUUAUAGUUACCCUCAAGAUGACCCCAGCUCUACUUUUACUUGCCCCGGUGGGACCAACUAUAGAGUUGUGUUUUGCCCUAGAACGUCUCCUAGAUUUCCUUUGGAGAUGGUUGAAGGUUUGAGUGAGUAACGAGAAGAGAUCCACUGCAGGGUCGUUUGUGAUGAUCAGGCUGUAUCUAUAUGAGCUUGAUUCUAUAUUUAUGUAUCAAUUAAUAAUUAAGGUGCUAUGUAUUGUAAACGUUACCCAUGUUUGUACUUAAUUGUGCAACAUAAAAUUAACUGAAAUAAAAGUUUGCUUGGAAAAUUAA